AACGAUUUCGAGUAAAAAAACAUGGCACCAGUAGAGUUAAAAAUUUCUGCUGAAGUUUGACUAAUCGCCUAUAUGCUGUUUCCUUUAGUGAAUUGUGUGAGAUAUUUUCUUGGUGGCGUCAAGCAGUAGUUUUACUAGAAGAUGUUCGUGGCGAAGAGCAUCGCAGCGGAUCAUAAAGAUCUGAUUCACGAUGUUUCUUAUGACUUUCAUGGUCGCAGGAUGGCGACCUGCUCCAGUGAUCAGAGCGUCAAGGUCUGGGACAAAGGUGAUGAUGGAGAAUGGCACUGCACUGCUAGUUGGAAGACCCAUAGUGGUUCUGUUUGGAGGGUGACAUGGGCGCAUCCUGAGUUUGGUCAAGUGUUGGCAUCUUGUUCGUUUGACCGCACUGCGGCUGUAUGGGAGGAGAUAGUCGGUGAAUCCAAUGAUAAACAGCGUGGUCAGAGUCACUGGAUUAAGAGAACCACACUUGUGGACAGUCGGACAUCAGUGACCGAUGUGAAGUUUGCACCAAAGUACAUGGGCCUGAUGUUGACCACUUGCUCUGCAGACGGUGUGGUGCGCAUCUACGAGGCCCCUGAUGUGAUGAACCUCAGCCAGUGGUCACUGCAGCAUGAGAUCUCCUGCAAGCUCUCAUGCUCCUGCAUCUCAUGGAACCCCUCCAGUUCUCGAGCACAUCCUCCAAUGAUAGCUGUGGGCAGUGACGACAGCAAUGUCACAUACAGUGGCAAAGUGCAAAUCUAUGAGUAUAAUGAAAAUACAAGGAAGUAUGCCAAAGCAGAGACAUUGAUGACUGUGACUGACCCAGUACAUGACAUCGCCUUUGCUCCUAAUCUUGGGAGAUCCUUCCAUGUGCUGGCGAUAGCGACCAAAGACGUCCGUAUUUUCAAACUCAUACCAUUGAGGAGAGAGAGCGCCAACAGCUCUGGUCCCACUAAGUUUGAGGUGCAAGUGAUGGCUCAGUUUGACAGUCAUAACUCUCAGGUGUGGCGCGUGAGUUGGAACAUCACCAGUACUCUCCUGGCCUCCUCUGGAGAUGAUGGCUGUGUGCGACUCUGGAAAGCCAAUUAUAUGGACAAUUGGAAGUGCACAGGGAUCCUGAGAGGAGACGGGAGCCCAGUGAACGGCUCCUCUGGACACACUGCUGCUCUGAGCACUGUGGGCGUCCCUGGAGCUGCUCAGAUGGUUGUUGGGGCGGCUUCUGCUGGCAGAAAAAAAGCUCAGCUGAUGCCAGGCUAACGGCAUAACAUGGUGAUUGGCUGCUUGCUGCAUGCACAUGCACAGGAUUGGACAGAGACCUCAUUGACCCCUCCUCUGCACGGUGUGACACCUGCACACUCUCCUAGCUACUAAUCUGACAGAAGCGUGUGCUGACGGCGCAAUCUGUUGUAUGGCUGUUAAAGGAAAUGUGCUUUGUGUGUUCUCUUCAGUGGCACUCACCUGACAUUAGAGCAUUUUUUGUAUUGUUGUAGAAAUUACACUAAACAUGAUUCUAAUA